AUGGCCAUGGCAUCACCUUGGCAAGCUGGGAGACGCAUAAACAUCGAGGGGAUGGCGCGUCCGGUGGCUGUGGACCACCGCAUCAGCCUCCCCUACUACUUCCGCAUCGCCGACAAUCUUCUCCGCCAGGCGAACAUAUAUCGAGAGGAAAAGAACCUCAUCGACCUGUACAUUAUCCUCCUGAGAUACUCGAGCCUGUUGUCUGAGACGAUCCCGAAGCAUCGUGAUUACCAUGCAUUCAAGUCAAGAGAGAAGGAAUUCCUGAAGAAAGGGCCGCAUAACUCAGAUAAACUCUUGAAUGUUAUCAGUGAGCUCGAGUCUCUGAAGCCGAUUGUGAAACAGCAAAUUGCUGAGCUUAAUAGAAGGGCUGCAGAAGAACGUAAUGGUCCACAUGAAACCUAUGCUGGAAAUGGUGCAAGCAGUAGGACAGAUCAGCUUGCUGCAAGUCCGUAUAUGGUGCAGCCAGCAUUUGGAAGCUCAACAGGACCAUUGCAGAAACCAUCCUCUAGGUGGAACCAUCAAGAGGAACCUGAUAGGGUGUCGAGCCCUGUAUGUGACCGAUUCCGGGAUCGAUAUGCCAGUUUGCCAUAUCCAAAAGAUGAAACACUAUCCAGACAUUCAAUACUAGGACCGAAUGGGCUUCAUGGCCAAUGGACAAGGCCUGUUAGUGGUGUCAAGGUCCAGUAUCCAAGUUACCCCGAACUGAACCAAAGCAAUAUCCCUAGUUUAGUUCCAGCAAUCUUGAACCAAAAUGACUCACAUGAUCCUCAUACAACAUCACUGGAUGGAUUGACAAAUAACAAUGGUGAUAUGCAGUCUGUUCUCUCACUUGAUGAUGGUCAAUGGUCUUUACCAGUAAAAGAGCCAGCCUCUGUGUCUCCUGCUAGUUUCGAGGAAGAAUUCUCCCAGCUGAAUAUAAGACAGCCUAACCCCCCACCAGUCCUGGCACAAGUACAUCCUGAGCGUAGACCGAUUUCUCCAUCAAGAGUAGCUGAUCCAAGACCAGGACUUGCUACCUCUGACACAGGACGUUUUCAAAAUUUGCAUGUGCCGGUGGCAUUAAUGGAGUCUUUUCUGAGACUUGCUGAGGCAAAUACUGCAAAAAAUCUGGAAACAUGUGGGAUUCUUGCUGGUAACCUGAAAAAGAGAACUUUUUAUGUGACGACACUGAUAAUUCCUAAGCAGGAAUCAACGUCUGAUUCAUGUCAAGCUACGAAUGAAGAGGAAAUAUUUGAAGUUCAGGACAAAGGCUCACUUUUCACCCUCGGUUGGAUUCAUACACAUCCGACACAGACCUGCUUUCUGUCUUCCAUUGAUCUUCAUAAUCAUUAUUCGUAUCAGGUCAUGCUUCCUGAAGCAAUUGCAAUUGUCAUGGCACCUACCGAUACAACAAGGAAGCACGGCAUAUUUCACCUCACGGAUCCAGGUGGCAUGGGGGUGAUCCACGAUUGCCAGGAGACUGGUUUCCAUCCUCACGAGGAGCCUCUUGAUGGCACUUCAAUCUACGAGCAUUGCUCUCAUGUGUACAUGAACCCCAGUGUGAAGUUUGAUAUGGUCGACCUCCGUCGCGUGUGA